AUGGUAAACAGCAAGGAAAUUGAGCUUGAUGCCAAUGAAAAACUGGAGACUUGGAGCGAUGUUCUUGAUUCGGUUGAAGAUGAACUAUAUUCAACGUACUUGGAUCGAUGUACUUCAGAGAAACAAGUUCUGGAGAGAAGGGAAAAUGAAGCAGUCUCCAAAGAGAAAGUGUUGAAGACACUGGAGGAAGAGCUUGAUUCGAAAACGAAGAAUUUGAACACGAGGGAAACGGAGCUUGAUUUUAGAAAUAGGUCACUGGGGGAGAAGGAAAUCGAGCUUGCUUCCAAAGAGAAAAGUUUGAAGAGAAUGGAAGACAGGCUAAAGCUUAAAAGAAUGGAAAAUGAUCUGUUGAAGUCUAAAAGUUUAAGUGGAGAAGAAGAUGAACUUGGUAUUUGUUCCAGAAAUAAGUUGAAUCCUAAAGAGACAAUGUUUCAAGCUCUGGAAAAUGAGCUUUAUAAUCUGCGGAAAGCUGUUGAAAGUAGGGAAAAUGAGCUCGCCCUAAAAUUAAAAGAUCUCAAGUAUGGAAAAGAAGAUGACAUAUUUCGAGGAAAGCUUUCGAAUCUAUUAUCAGAACUUGUUUCCGAGCAUAAGUUUCUGUAUCCAUGUACCAACGAAUUCGGUUCUUCAAAUCCAAGUCAAUCUACAGAAGAUAACAUUAGCAGUAAAAGAUCAGGGAAUUCCGUGUUGGACUUUAGAGGAAGUUUUGGUGACAUGGAUAAGGAUGGAAGAAAUAGUAGAAGUAGCUCUAAAAGAAGUUGUAUUGAUGCAAAGAUCAAGGAAGAAAAUGAAGGCUCAUGA